CUCUCAGGUAAACUACUACAUUUAAAUGCCGUACACUUACUGAAUCAUGCGUUUUGAAAGGCAUUUGCGAACUACGGAGAUCUGUAACCAAACCGUUUCUCAUUGGUAGGAGCUGUUCUAAUAGCCCGUGCUUACAGAGUUAACACACUGGAACUACCAACCGCACAAAAAUCAUGGCUACAGUGGAAGAGUCAGGGGCAGCGACCGGAUUUAACUCACAUACUGAAGCGAUAGAACGCCAUGCCGAUAAAAGGCGACAGUCUAGAAUAAGGAAGAAAUGGAGCCAGGUAAGAGAACAAGUUCAAGCCAACCGCCACCUUUUGAAUGUUGAGCAACUAAAAGAGCUUCGUGCUAUUUUUGCUUCUUUGGAUCGAGAUGGAAAUGGCACAGUGGCAGCCGGCGAACUACUACGGGCUAUGCGCUGCAUGAAUCAAUCGCUGACGGAAGCCGAACUAAAUGAUUUACUCGCCGAAUUGGUCGUCGACUCUAGCGGCAAAGUGAGAUUACAUGAGCUGUGUCUGUUUGUCGGAGACCGAACUGCAGCAAAGCAUUUGCAAGCAGAUUUGGAAGAGUUUCUGCGUACCCUGGAUUCAGACGGUAAGUGGCAUCGAUAG